UUCAAAUCUUAGCUUGCUUUUUCUUAAGAUUUUUUUUUCUUACUGCAGCCUCGUCGAUAAUUGAUCGUAUCAAUAUCGCGACAUUCGCAACGUAAAAUACUAAAUUAGCUUAGGCUAUCAGUAUGCCGGAAUACCGCAUAAUAGAAUCUUCGACUACUUGCAUACGGCAUACCUCCUAAUGAGAUCGCAGACCUAAAGAGACCUAUGUUUUCACUAUCUAGAUUCUCAUGCUUCAACCCGCUAUGACGAGCGCCACCCCGCAACUUGCUCGGGCUGCCGUGAAGGCUGCCAUACCGCUCAAACCCAUUCUCAAAUCAUCGUCAACCUUACUCGGCACUAGAAGGACAAGCGAUGAUGCGGGGCUUGACGACGAUACUAUGGACUCCCCGCAAAGUCCCCGCAAGCGCCAGAGAGUCGAGUUCGACCUUAAUAAUAUCGAGAUUCACGAGAUUGGAGCACGGUCAGUGGAGGAGAUAAAACAAGAGAUUAAGAAAGCUCUGGAGCGCCAUGACCAAGGAGACGAUGAAGACUACGAUUUAUUGAAAGAUACCCUAUCUGGAAAACAAACAUCGUCGUAUGAUGAUGACGAAGACGAUGAUGUUGACCCUACUCUCCCAGCUAAGCGACGCCAGGAACUUAAGGUCUACCUUGUCUCGCUCGCAAGUUUCUCUCCUCGCCUGGGAAGAUCAUGCGACGGUAUUGUCAAGAGCGUUCUACAAUGCCAAUGGCUUGGACAAGAUGAACAAUUUGCCAAGAUUUAUGUCCAGUUCCUCGCCGCUCUGGUCAGCGCACAAGGUGCCCGUCUAACACAGGUGUUAUCGUCCAUCAUUGAAAGAUUUACCGACUCGCGACCCUCUGACUGGGCCAUACCGAAUUACCCAACCGUUAGUAGAGAUGUCGCCAUGGAGAGACUGCAUGUCGCCAUACGAUAUCUGCUUCAACUAUUUCCUUCUACCAAACCUGUUCUAGAGCAUCUUAUAAGUUCCAAAUAUCCCUUCCACGACGAAUCCAAGCGAAUGCAUAUAGCAUACGUCGAUAAUCUUCUGAAAUUACGAUCGUACUGCCCUGAUCUUAGGGCGGAGAUAAUGGAUUUGGUUGUCAGUCGGCUAGUCCAGAUCGAUGUAGAAAUGCAGAUGAAUCUGGACGACAUGGACGACAGACUCGCCGCAAUGGUAGCCAUGGCCCUCAAAUCUUCUCGCGAGAAUGGCAAUCAGGACGAAGAAGACUCGGACGAGAGCGAUGCCGAAUCUGUAGAUAGCGACGAAUCUGAAGAGAACGAGUACACGCGCGUUAAGACAGCAAAAGAGAAUAUUGAGAAGAUGGAUUCUAUACUUGACACCCUCUUCGAGCUUUAUACGCCAAACUUCGCCGAUCCCGAUUCGGAUGAGGCUUCGGAGGUAUUCGAAGAUCUUCUAUCUGAAUUCUCUAACAUCAUUCUACCUACUAUUAAGUCUAGACAUACUCAAUUCUUGAUCUUCCAUUUCGGCCAAAAAUCAGAGAGGCUCAUAGACGCAUUCUGCGGCACUUGCAUCAAUAUCGCAUUCGAGUCACAACGGCCACUCAUCUUACAGCAAGCGGCAUCUGCUUAUUUGGCGAGCUUCGUCGCCCGUGGAGUUCAUGUACCAGGUCAUAUCGUGGUCAAGAUUUUUGAAGUUCUCGGUUACCAUCUGGAUCAGAUGCGCGCGGUAUACGAAACCUCGUGUCGCGGACCCGAUGUCCGUCGAUAUGCACCCUUUUACGCAUUAAUGCAAGCUUUAAUAUAUAUCUACUGUUUCAGAUGGCAAGACCUUAUCAAGUCUGUACCUGACGAAGUCGAUAAAGAUGACCCUUCGACGUAUUUGGACCAGGAGAUUGAAUGGGAGCCCGAGAUUAAGGAUAUCAUGAGGCGCAAUAUUUAUUCAAAACUCAACCCUCUUAAGGUCUGCUCUCCAGUUAUUGUCGAACAAUUCGCGAAGCUAGCCCACCGAUUCCGUUUCAUGUACGUGUAUCCACUUAUCGAGUCGAACAAGCGCGUCCGUCUGUCACAAUUCGCAUCUGGAGCAUACUCUAGCGGAGGCGCCCUACGAGAUAUGUCAUUCGACAUGAACGAUGAGAGCUGGCAACAGCUAGGUUCUUUUUUCCCAUUUGAUCCGUACCAACUACCAGUGAGCAAGCGAUGGGUCGAGCAGGACUAUAUACCGUGGCGAACUAUCCCUGGCCUCAACCAAGACGAACGAGACGAGGAUAGCGAUGAUGAGCAAGAGGAGGGGGACGAUGAUGUCGAGGAGGAUACCGCGACGGAUGAUGAGAUCGGCGAGGAUGAGUAAAUAAUGGUUUCUGUAUAUUGUGACUGCAUUUUAAUCGGCGUCGGCAUGGGGUAAGGCGGUCAAAAAGGAAGAUACCUGUAUUUACGGACGGCGUACUAGGAGGCCAGUGGAAUUGACUGAAUGAUGUUUCCUAAGCACCCGUGCCAACCCCCUUAUUACCCUUGAGGUUACCAUGCUUUCUCGGCUACAACCUGCAUACCAUAUGCGCCUAAUUGAGCGGAUUCUCUACGUAGAUGAGAAAGACAAAUGGGUUCAUUUUACCUCUUUUUUCUUCCCAUGAGACUUCGGGUUUGGUUUGAAAUAACGUGGUUUGAAAAAAAGUCGUUCGAGUUGAUGAAGUUUAUUAAACAAAAGCUGACUU